AUCUUAUAAUUAAUAUAUAUGUUUAGAAACAGGAAAUACUUCUGUCAGUCCAUUACAUUUUAUCAAUAAGAACAACUGCUAAACAAAGUGUUGAAGGACUGCGAAGACUGCUUCAAACAAUUGGAUCAACAUGGAAAAUCUAUAAAGAGAGAUACAAAAGACAUGUUCAUUAAAUUUACACAAGCAAAAGUAUUGAUUCAUUUGAAUCAUUAGUUAUAAGACCAAAAGAAAUUAUUAGAGACUGACUCUGUUGGUGUAUUUCAAAUGCUAUUGGAUAUAAUCGAAAAUGUAGCACAUGAUAAACCUUUGAUGACAUAUAUAUUGACCACCAUUGAUGCAAUAAUAUCUGGUAUAAUUGUGUAAUGAAAUCGUAGAGAAUCAGAGACUGUUCAAAUAAUUCAUGCGAGCAUUGACACCACAAGUUGUACCUAAAUUGAAAUAAUUCUUGUUUCUUGACGGAUAUGACAAAGUGGUUUAUGAAGCAGCAGCUAAGAUAGUCACCAUGAUCAUAGCUGAAGAAGGAGGAAAUGAUGCAAAAGAGUGGGUCAUAUUGUUUAUUGGAGGAAUAGGUAUAUUAUAUUAUAAAUCUAGGAAAUAAACUAAAGAUUUCAGAUUAAAUGAUUAUGCCAAUAUGUGUGCAUUUUCUCAAACACGAUUCAUUAGCAAUAUAAUUUAUUAAGAGUGGUGGAGUAAAGAUGUAACUAUAAUCAUAUAUCUAAAUAUAUAGAGUAUCUAAUCAAUUGAUCAAGUAUCCAACAGACUUGCAUAUAGCUUAUUACACAAUUUUAGCGUUAUGGUUAUUGAGUUUCACUAGUGAAUCAAUUCCAUUAUUCAAUGAUCCAUAACUUGGUUUGAUCAGAAUGAUUAUAGAAUCAGUGUAAAAGAUUUCAAGAGAAAAAAUCUUAAGAGUUUCCUUUGCUUGUUUCAAGAAUUUGGUUGAUGUAUCAGCUUAAUGCAUUGAAUUGAUGGUUGACAAUGGAUUAAUCAAAGUGGUUGAUUUAUUGUUGAAAGGAAAUCUCAAAGAUUAAGAUUUAAUAGAUGAUAUCAAAUAUGUUGGAGAGAUAUUGGAGAAGAAUAUGAAGAUUUUAACGUAUUAUGAUAGAUUAAGAAUAUUAGUUCAUUUGAAAAAUACGUGAAGGAAUUAAAUGCUCAAAAUUUGACUUGGAGUCCAGUACAUACAGAGAAAUUCUGGAAGGAGAAUGUCAAGAAGUUCGAAGAGAAUGAUUUCUUACUUAUUAGGUAAUUGAUGUGUGAGUAGAGUAUAGGAAAUUAGCAGAAAUCUUAAAAUCAAAUAAUAAUUAAAAUAUUGCUGUGGCUUGUUAUGAUUUGGGAGAAUUUUGUAGAUUCCAUCCAUUUGGUAAAGUGUAAUAUAAUUAAAUAUAAAUUCAUUAGUGUUUUAGAAUAAUUAAAUGCAAAAUAAGAAAUUAUGAAAUAAGCAAGGAAUGAUGAUUAGAUGAUUAGAGAGAAUGCAUUGUUGUCAUUACAAAAAAUCAUGUUGCAUAAUUGGUAAGUUUGAGAGAAC